UCACGAUUUCCCUAGCGCCUAGAGAGCUAAUGGCAAGAAAGAGGCAGCGAAUGUGGGGGGUUAUGGGUCUGCAGUGGCCCCUGGUGCUGCUGUUGUUCUGUCCCCAUGUACAUACGGAGCCCAUCACUCUCGGUAUCGCUGUCGGUACUGCGGCGGUUCUUACAGGCUACUUAUCCUACCCGCGCUUCUACUGCUACUGGUCCGAAUGUUGUGAGCCGGAGCUGCCGCUAAACCAGACAGCCCUACUGGCCGAUCUAAGGCAAAAGUUCUUUGGGCAGCACUUGGCCCAGGAGGUGAUAUAUCGAGCUGUGUUGGGUUUCAUGAACAACAAGAAUCCUAAAAAACCACUGGCCCUGUCUCUGCAUGGAUGGACUGGAACCGGAAAGAACUUUGUCAGCAAAAUCAUCUCGGACAAUAUAUACAAACAGGGAUUCAACAGUAAAUUUGUCCAUCUUUUUGUCGCCACUCACCAUUUCCCUCAUGACAGUAAGGUCCAGCAGUACAAGGAUCAGUUGCACAUGUGGAUCCGUGGGAAUGUGACUCUUUGUCCUCGCAACUUGUUUAUAUUUGACGAGAUGGACAAGAUGCAACCUGGGCUUAUCGAUGCAAUUAAACCCUUCCUGGAUUAUUAUGACAAUAUAGAUGGCGUGUCCUAUCGGAAUUCUAUCUUUGUUUUCCUCAGCAAUGCCGGAGGGGAUCUGAUUACUCGCAAGGUGUUGGAGUUCUGGAAGGCAGGGAAGCAGAGGGAGGACCUGCAGUUAAAGGACAUGGAGAGCGUGAUUUCUCUUGGCGUAUUUAACAACCAAAACAGUGGAUUUUGGCACAGCAGCCUCAUUGACAAGAACCUGAUAGAUUUCUUCGUUCCCUUUUUGCCGCUGGAGUACAGACACGUAAAGCAGUGCGUCAUCGCUGAAAUGCAACACCGUCGCAUCCCGAUAGACAUGGAACUGGUGGAGAAAGUGACUAGAGAGAUGACUUACUACCCAAAGGAGGAGAAACUGUUCUCUGACAAAGGAUGUAAAACCGUGUCUGCCAAAUUAGACUUCUAUCUCUGAUUUCCUUUGGGCAUAAUGCCGCGUGCCUUACAUGGGACAUUAUGGGUUUGGGCAGCUCAGACUGGGCUAAAAACAACCCUUUGCACAGAGCAUUCCAUACGCACUAAAUAAAAAGGAAAUAUUUUUAUAAGAAUUUCAAUUAGAGCAAAUGGCAGCUCUAUUAUUGGCAUUAAGUCCUUUUAUUUCUGUUCUUAAAGGAAAACUAUAGCCUAUAAACAAAUGUCGCUAGAAAUGCUUGCCAUACUGUACAAGCCCAGAAGCCUAGCAGCCCUAUAACAUUAAUAAUUCAGAUCUUCAAAACUGUAUGCACGUUUCACUAUCAUCUGACCCUGUUAGGUCUGAAUUAAUUACUAAUUGGUCUUCUAUCAUGACUUUUAUUGUUUUUAUAUACUGUAUAUUAUGGUUGGUCCAUAAGCUCAGGUAACUGACAGGAGCCCAGAGCAUGUGGUGGGAUGGAGGGCUACUAGGGGCAUCUUGGGAGAGACAGAUCUUCACUGCUGAAGGCUUGUGGUAGCUUUAGGUGUGUACAGUGUAGCAUUUUUCUGUUGAGCAUUAGUUCUUCUUUAAUGCUACGUGGCUUGAAAACCUCUUUUAGGCGCUUUCAGAUUUUUCCUUUUCCCCCAACUCUGUAUUAAAACUCAGCGUAUGCUGUGGGGGUGAUUUUAACCCCUCUAGUAAAAGUGCUAAGUAAAACCUCUGUGGUUUGGAGAAACCAAAGAGAUGCUGCUACAUGAAUGUGUGUCCAUGUUGUGUUUGUAUGUUUAUAUAUUGUGCUGCUUGGGCUAUUGGCACACAUCUGUUUAGGAUUGUUGGAACAUCCUAGAACCCAGCUUUACCGGCAGAGAUGCUUUCCAUUUUCAGUAAUGAGAAACACUCCUCCUGUGUGACUUUUGGUUGGAAACAUAGAAUUCAGUAUGCCCAAGCAAAACCACAUACCAUUAGGGCCUAUCAUAGGCAGAGGGUUUCCCAUUCAUAAGAAGGGAGUGGCUGCCAGUCAGUGUGGGCGUUUUAUUUAAAGGAGAAGGAAAGUUGCAACCACUAGGAGGUGGCAAAUGUUAUCCCCCCCCCCCCAGUGAUUGUAAUCACUUACCUGAUAUUCAAGACUGGUGCUACUUUUGGCAGAAAACUGCACCAGCCUGGUGUACCAGUGAGUGAGCUAUCCUCUUCCUCUUAACUCCGCUUACUAAUGCACAGUAGAGUGAAAAGCCAAACUUUAAUAACAAAGACACCUUUUUUUAUACUCUACUGUGCAUGUGUUGGCCCUGGGAUUUCAAAGGAAGAAGAGGAUUGCUCGCUCACUGGAACCCUGGGCCUGAUUACAAUCACUGGGGGAUUGCAUGUUUCCUUCCCCUUUAAUGUGGUAAUGCAGCAAUCACAACCACUUUUUUGCCGUUGUGGUCCAUAGGGGCAGCUUAUUUUAAAAAGAAAUAUGUCUCUUGAUAAAUGAUUGUAAAUGAUGGGGGGGGGCGGCGGCGGCAAAUGAUUUUCAUAUUAUAAUAAAAUUAAUUUUACCA